CCACGCGAAAGUGUCAUCAGCUAGGCACCGGUGGCGUGGGUUUCUCUUGUCAAACUAAACUGUUUAUUCUCUCUGAGAACAGUGUAAUUAAUUGCUCGUAAUUUGGGACAAAAUGGCGGAGCGGAAAGGAAGAGCAAAGUUGGACUUUCUGAGAAAGAUUGAAUUGGAAAUCCAGGAGAAAUGGGAGAGGGAGAGAACAUUUGAGCAAGAUGCACCGACAACAGUCGGGGAAAGUGCAAACAAAAACAAGUACCUGGUCACCUUCCCUUAUCCUUACAUGAAUGGCCGUUUGCACCUUGGCCAUACAUUCAGCUUAUCAAAAUGUGAGUUUGCUGUUGGUUACCAGUCUCUUAAGGGGAAAAAAUGCCUUUUUCCUUUUGGGUUGCACUGUACAGGAAUGCCAAUCAAAGCCUGUGCAGAUAAGCUGAAGAGAGAGAUGGAGCUGUAUGGAAACCCUCCACAGUUUCCGGACGAGGAGGAAGAAGAGAAGCAGAAGCCAGUGACAUCUGAUGAAAUCAUUAUCAAGGACAAAGCAAAGGGCAAGAAGAGUAAAGCAGUGGCCAAAUCUGGGUCCUCCACUUUCCAGUGGGACAUCAUGAGGUCUCUGGGCCUAAAUGACCAGGAGAUUGCCAGGUUUGCUGAUGCUGAGCACUGGCUGGAUUAUUUCCCUCCUCUGGCUGUCAAAGAUCUCAAAGGGAUGGGAGUCAAGGUGGACUGGAGGCGUUCAUUCAUCACCACAGACGUGAACCCCUUCUACGACUCCUUCGUCAGGUGGCAGUUUGUUACACUAAAAGAGAGAAAAAAGAUCAAAUUUGGCAAAAGGUAUACCAUCUAUUCUCCCAAGGAUGGACAACCAUGCAUGGACCAUGACAGACAGACAGGAGAGGGAGUCGGACCUCAGGAAUACACCCUGAUCAAGAUGAAGAUUGUUGAACCUUACACAGCAAAAUUCAAAUCCAAAGUCUUUUACAGCAGUGGCAUGAAAGGCAAAAACAUCUUCCUGGUGGCUGCCACUCUUAGACCAGAGACCAUGUUUGGUCAGACCAACUGCUGGGUGAGACCUGACAUGAAGUAUGUUGCCUUUGAGACAACCAGUGGGGACAUCUUCAUCUGCACCAGCAGGGCUGCCAGGAAUAUGUCUUUCCAGGGUUUCACCAAGGAAAAUGGAGUGGUGCCAGUAAUUAUGGAAAUAUUGGGACAGGAUAUCCUCGGCUGUGCCCUGAGUGCUCCUCUGACCUCCUACAAGAUUAUCUAUGCUCUGCCUAUGCUCACCAUCAAGGAGGACAAAGGUACUGGUGUAGUUACCAGUGUACCAUCUGAUGCUCCUGAUGACAUUGCUGCUCUCAGGGAUAUCAAGAAAAAGCAGGCCCUACGGGAGAAAUAUGGAAUUGAGGACAAGAUGGUGCUGCCUUUUGAGCCGAUCCCUAUCAUAGAGAUCCCAGGCUAUGGCAACCUGUCUGCUCCUCUGGUCUGUGAUGAGCUGAAGAUCCAGAGCCAGAAUGACAAGGAGAAACUGGCUGAAGCCAAAGAGAAGGUUUACCUGAAGGGAUUUUAUGAAGGCAUCAUGCUUGUUGAAGGCUACAAGGGCCAGAAGGUCCAGGAUGUCAAGAAGCCCAUCCAGAAGAUGAUGGUUGAGCGGGGUGAGGCCAUGAUCUACAUGGAGCCAGAGAAACAGGUCAUGUCACGUUCAGCUGACGAGUGUGUGGUGGCUCUCUGUGAUCAGUGGUAUUUGGACUAUGGGGAUGCUGAGUGGAAGCAGCAGGCCAAUGAAGCUCUGAAGACUUUGGAAACAUUUUGUGAGGAGACCAGAAGAAACUUUGAGGCAACUUUGGCCUGGCUACAGGAGCAUGCCUGCUCACGUACCUAUGGUCUUGGAACGCGACUGCCUUGGGACGAGCAGUGGCUGAUUGAGUCCCUAUCAGACUCCACCAUCUACAUGGCUUACUACACCAUAGCCCACCUUCUGCAGGGAGGUGUGCUUAACGGACAAGGAGAGUCACCACUUGGCAUCAAGCCAGAGCAGAUGACCAGAGAGGUGUGGGACUUUAUCUUCUUUAAGACUUCUCCUUUCCCCAAGACAGACAUCCCCAAAGAACAUCUGCAGAAGCUAAGGAGGGAGUUUGAGUACUGGUACCCCGUGGAUGUUCGUGUAUCUGGAAAAGACCUGGUGCCCAACCAUUUGUCAUACUACCUGUACAACCAUGUGGCCAUGUGGCCCAAAGACAAUGGGAAGUGGCCACAAGCAGUGCGAGCUAAUGGACAUCUGCUCCUCAACUCUGAAAAGAUGUCCAAAUCAACAGGAAAUUUCCUCACUCUCACCCAAGCCAUUGACAAGUUUUCAGCAGACGGUAUGCGUCUGGCUCUAGCUGACGCUGGGGACACAGUGGAGGAUGCUAACUUUGUAGAGACCAUGGCUGAUGCCGGCAUCCUGCGCCUCUACACAUGGGUGGAAUGGGUGAAGGAGAUGAUUGCCAACCAGAACAACCUGAGGACGGGACCUGCAGACACAUUCAAUGAUCGGGUUUUCGCCAGUGAGAUGAAUGCAGGCAUUCUGAAGACAGAGCAGCACUAUGAGAGGAUGAUGUACAAGGAGGCUUUGAAGAGCGGCUUUUUUGAGUUUCAGGCAGCCAAAGAUAAGUAUCGGGAGCUGGCCAUCGAAGGCAUGCACAGAGACCUCGUCUUCCAGUUCAUAGAGAGGCAAACGCUGCUGCUGGCCCCCAUCUGCCCACACCUUUGUGAAUACACUUGGGGUCUGCUUGGCAAAACUGGUUCUCUGGUGAAGGCAUCAUGGCCUCUUGCCGGGCCUGUUGACGAGAUUCUGAUCCGUUCCUCUCAGUAUUUAAUGGAAACUGCACAUGACCUUCGUCUGCGACUCAAAGCCUACAUGCUUCCCCCAAAAAACAAGAAAGGUGACUCCAAGCCUCCAGCCAAGCCCUCCCACUGCACCAUCUACGUGGCCAAGAGCUACCCUCCAUGGCAGCACAGUGCCUUAUCCCUGCUCGGCAAGCACUACAAGAGCAACAAUGGGGUUCUUCCAGACAACAAAGUGAUAGCAAGUGAACUGGGAGCCCUGCCUGAACUGAAGAAAUACAUGAAGAGAGUCAUGCCUUUUGUAGCCAUGAUCAAGGAGAACCUGGAGAAGAAUGGGCCCAGGGUCUUGGAUCUGGAGCUGGAAUUUGAUGAGCGAACAGUUCUCAUGGAGAACCUGGUCUACUUGACCAAUUCUUUGGAGUUGGAGCAGAUUGAUGUCUUGUUUGCCUCUGAGGCUGAUGACAAAGUGAAGGAGGACUGUUGCCCAGGGAAACCGUUCAGUGUUUUCAGAUCAGAGCCUGGAGUUUCUGUGUUCUUGGUCAACCCACAACCGUCCAAUGGCAUGUUUUCUACAAAGGUUGACAUCCAACAGGGGGACAACAGAGACAGCAUUGUGCGCAGGCUAGCCAAGGUCAACAGACUCAUUAAAGAUCUGUCCAAAGUCAAGUUGAUGAGGUAUGAGGACCCUGUAUUGGGGUCUCGCCGGCUGCCCAUCUUGGGACAGGAGGAACGAGGCAAACUGCCCAUCUCCAACAAAUCUGUGUUCAACAUCAAUCUGGAGGAGAAGAAGGUCACUCUGGCUGACAACGGCCUCACCGUAGACAUUGGGGACACUUUGGUUUAUCUGGUUAAUUAGAAUAACGUUGUCACAGACAAGUGGGAGACAUGUGCAGCAGUGAAUCCUUUGUUGACAAUUCAGAUGCAUCAAGAAAUGUUACAACAAAACAACUUAUUUUGACUCAGAGCAAAUGGCCAGCACCUUAUAGAUGUACCUGUUUUAUAAUUAAUGCAGACCAGGAUAAAAAGAAAAACUUAGCACUCUUCAGCUUUUUUUCACUGCUGAGUGUGAUGUCGGGGGGAUACUGAAACUAGCGGGACCUGAAAUGUUGGCUUCUAUCUUCCUAUUUGAAACAAAUUCUACAUUUGUAGUACAUCCAGAUCUAGCUCUGGGCUAUCCCUCUGAUAUGGUUUUCUUCUAAAGGGGGCAGUAUUACAAAACAGUUAUCACAAAAUAAUACAAACCUAUCCUUAAAGUUUUAACUUUUCUUUGCCAUGGUUGUAGUCGAGGAUGGCACUAGAAUUUGUGAUCUGUUCUGCAGGACUCAGUCCUGAAAUCAUCUGUACAGCUUAUUCUUGUCACAGAAACCACUGAUUUGAUGCAUGUUUGCACUGUAAGACUGCUCCUGCAUCCUCCAGAAUGCCUGAUGUUUUCAUACACAGGGUGACAUGUCUUGUGUUUUUAUACAUCCAAGGUGAGGCUUAUCUUUCCCUUAUGUUUUGUCAGCCAGUUUUCCUGUUUUCUAGCUGUGGAUGGACCUUGUCUGGCUUUUCCAGAUAAUUAAUAAAACCUAUGAAACAUUAAA